AUGGAACUUUCCACAAUCAUUCACUGACUCCAACCUGCGCCGCGGGUCCACCGCUCAACGGACAAAGCCUGCAUAGAGUAUCCCCUUCACCUUCACCUUUUUCCGACCAAGGACACCACGCUGUUCCCGUUGAUCAGGACCAUACCUCCGAGCUGCCGCAAAGCCACCCCACCAUGGACCAAGCAGCCCGCGGCGCAGCGGCGCUCUCUGCCAGCAAGUACGCCGAAGCGAUCGAGCACUACACCAAUGCGAUAGCACAGAACCCGGGCGCUGUCGACUACUACAUCAAGCGCUCCACGGCCUACCAGCGGUCGUCCAAGUACACCGAAGCCCUCGCAGAUGCCGAGAAGGCUGUCGUCCUCGCCCACAAACGCGCGCGUCGCGAGCUCAUCAAAGACUCACAGCUGCGACGAGGCAUAGCGCUCUACUUCCUGGGCCAGUAUGCGAACGCGAAAUUUGUAUUCGACAUUGUGAAGGGAAUGGACGACAAGGAGAAGACACUGGCCAUCUGGGAGUCCAAGAUUGCGACCAAACUGAAUGCCAUCCCCGAGGGUGACGAGCAGAGGCAUGUUACCGUUAAGUCGGUUCCUGAUGUAGACGUCGACACGGCUCCGCCGCCAACAAAGGAGAACAAACCUGCAGACACGCCCUCUGCUAGCCGCCCGCAGCUGCCACCGACGCCCACAGAGAAGCCGAAGCACGACUGGUAUCAGAACAACGAGCAAGUCACAUUCACGCUGUUGGCGAAGAACGUGCCAAAGGAUAAAGCCAAGGUGGAGAUCGAGGCAGAUUCGUUGGACAUCUCCUAUCCUCUGGCGAACGGCAACGACUUCAACUACAACCUCCUCCCCUUCUACGGAAAGGUCGACCCCGCUACGUCGUCCUACCGCAUCACACCUACCAAGAUCGAAGUCGUGCUGAAGAAGGCCGAGCCCGGUGUGAAGUGGAAGACACUCGAGGGCGAACUCGAGGUCGUGUCCGAAAAGACUGAAACAUCUGGAGGACCGGCAGUAAUCCCGGAACGCGCAAGGGUCACCGCUGAGGCUGCACCCUCAUACCCCACAUCAUCGAAGAAGGGCGCCAAGAACUGGGACAAGCUUGCCGCGGAGGAGGGUGACGAGGACGAAUACGACGGCGAUGAGACCUCUCGAUUCUUCAAAACGCUCUACAAGGGCGCCGGUGAAGACGCACAACGAGCCAUGAUGAAGAGCUACCAGGAGAGCGGCGGCACCGUUCUAAGUACUGACUGGAGCAGCGUGGGCAAUAAGUAUGUCGCACCUGAGCCUCCGGAGGGGAUGGAAGCGAAGAAGUACUGAGGGAGUUUGCUUAUACGAGGACAUUUACGAUUCACGACAAGUUGAUUUGACAUAUGCAUGGCGAUGGAGCUCAAAAGAUGGCGUAAAACGAGGCAAUCUUUAUGAUCGCAGGAUACGCGAUACAGGGACCGCGAUAGGUGAUGCAGGAACCGUCAAUAUCUGACCGAUCUUGACACGGAACACGGGAUCAUGGGCGUCUCUUUCUGGGACUUGGGGCGAGAGCUCGUAGAUACAAGCAGUGACUGACCUCUUACUCUUCACUUCCGCGCUUACGUGACUGUCUACGGCUACUUCCACCAACCAUUUGUUGAGUCCAAGCUUGG